AAAAAAGUGAGCUAAUUUAGAAAACUACUCGCUGUGAUCAUUAGAGUAAUAAAAAAAAAUAAAUGGUAAUGAAAAUCAUAACAAUAAAGUUCACUGUGCUAGUAUGCCGGAUCACCAUGACACUGACAGCUGCUGAUUACAUACAAACAUGUUACUCUUUAUUCCAGACAGUGAUUACUGCCUACUUACACGCUUCAAACAAUAAUUCUAAAUAACAAAUUAUAAAUUAUAAAUAGGUACAUAAUACGAGCAUGCAUAAAAAUCAACAAAAUUUUACAGUCAUAUUCAUUAGAAUGUAAAAAAUAAAUAAAUAGAUAGAUAUAGGAGCUACUUACCGUUAAAACCGAGCAAGAAGGCAUCGCCCCAAUAAAAAGACUAGACAGUUAAUCUGAGCUGUCUAAGACAAUCAAAUUAAAUGUUAACUUUGAUUUUAAUUUAUUCAUGUUUUUUUUAUCAUUGUCAGGAUAAUUUAGCGAUAUAUCCAGUUUGGUCGAAUGUAGUUAAGUGUAGCUCGAGUAGUUUUAGCAAAAAGAAAAGAAAACUGACUAGAAGUGAGAGCGAGCUACGGGAUAUAAAGAGUAUCGUGAUGUACAGCUAUUCUCAGUUGUAUAUUCCAAGCGACAAGUGAACUAGUGAUGUUAUUGACGUGUUACUCGUUAUAGUAUGUUUACUCGGUCCACUUCUGUUUAAUAUUUAAUAUAAUAUUCAUAGUAAUAAAUGUGCAUAUUACAGUGAUGAUAUCUAUUUGCAAUUCACAGCUGUUAUUGUUAAUUAUUUUUUUGUUUACAACCACAUCUCAUGCUAUUUUUUUUAAUUAUCCUAAAAAUGUAUUGAUGGAUUUUUUUGAGACAUUACGGGAAAAGAAGGAGUUAAAAAAAGAAUUACCGUCAGACAUUCAUCAUUAUCAUAUUCAUUACUAUCCUGUUUACAUGCAUUCGCCGAAAGCUAUUAAAGCGCCUGAUAAAAGUGAAUUGGAAAUUUUACACACAAAUAAAUUAGAACAACUUGGAUGGAGUAAUCAAGAGUACAAAAAUGUUCCUGAACCGAAGCUUCAUCAUCUUUUGGGCUUAGAUGGUCUGACAGCUGGUUUGGGACAUAGACCUUGGUGGGACGAAAAUACUGUAGAUCGCCAUGAAGAAUCUAAAGGAAUAGUAGUUCAAGUACCGUUGAACCAGCAAAUAAUUGUACAGCAGCCAAAAGAAGAAGAAAAAGUUAAUCCUCUAGUAGCGUUCUUCCGAAAGUUGAAGAGCAUAAAGAAUUCAAUUUUCAGCCACCACUCAGAUAAAAAAGAAGAAGAUGAGGAACACAAGGAUCAUAAAAUAAGCACUGUUUUUGUUUAUACUCAUCCCAGUAAACACGGACAUUAUCCAUGAGUACUAACGUCAGUCAUUUUGUCUUCUACUCACGGGACACAAAAUGGAUGACGAAGUAAAUGACCGCCAGG